AUGUUAGUAACUCGAGCAAAUGAAAAUGCACAGAGUUMAAGAUCCCUUGCUCUCAUUGGGAGGUGUCUGUUCUCAGGAGGCUGUAGCUGCUGURAACUCCAUCCAAUACGUGGAAGUASAGGCAUAAGUAAUGUAUCCUUUGAUUCCAUCCACUCCUUACAGCUCAGCGUGUUGCCAUCCUUUGGAUUUCUCUUUGACAUUGAUGGGGUGCUGGUCCGAGGAAAGACCCCCAUUCCUGCUGCCAAAAGAGCCUUUCAGAAGCUGGUGAAUUCUCAGGGACAGUUCCUGGUGCCCGUGGUCUUUGUCACCAAUGCAGGGAACUGCCUGCGCCAGAAAAAGGCUGACCAGCUGUCUCACCUGCUGGGAGUUCCAAUCUCACAAGAUCAAGUGAUGAUGUCACACAGUCCUCUGCGGAUGUUCAAGCGUUACCAUGAAAAAUGUGUUCUGGUAUCUGGACAAGGACCACUUCUUGAUAUUGCUCAAGACCUUGGUUUCUGCCAGCCCAUCACCAUCGACACCCUGCGGGAGAAGCGCCCGCUGCUCGAUGCCGUUGACCAUGACAGGAGACCCAACAUCCUGUCCCCCUCGGCUGUGGAGCUUCCCAAGAUUGAGGCUGUGGUGUUGUUUGGGGAGCCAGUCAGAUGGGAAACCAGCCUGCAGCUGAUAAUAGAUGUUUUGCUGACAAGUGGCUAUCCUGGAAAKCCCUAUGGCCAGGAAAACUACCCUCACAUUCCUGUGCUUGCUUGUAACAUGGAUCUGAUGUGGGUGGCUGAGGCACAGUCCCCAAGGUUUGGGCACGGAACAUUCAUGGUUUGUUUGGAAAACAUUUACAAGAAGAUCACUGGCAAAGAGCUGAAGUACGAGGCGCUGAUGGGCAAGCCCAGCAGGCUGACCUAUCAGUAUGCAGAGCACCUGAUCCGAGCCCAGGCACUGCAGAGGAGCUGGGAGCAGCCCAUCCUCACCCUCUAUGCUGUGGGGGACAAUCUCAUGACUGAUGUCUAUGGUGCUAACCUGUACAACCGCUACCUUGAGAAGAACUCCAGGCAAGGUUCCAAACCCCGCAUCCAGGCCAAAGUYUCUGGUGGCAGAGGCCCUGCUGUGCUCUCUCAGGGUGACGAGAUAGGGCUCAGCUGGGAGAACGAGCUGGCAUCUGCAGCUGCUGCCCACUGUAAGUCUGUCCUGGUUUGUACUGGGGUGUACGACCCCCACACCGAGCUGCCCUUGGACACCAGGGACAGCAUAACUGAAACCGUGUUCCACGGCCACAGAGAUUUUAGGUUUGACCCUGGUUUGGUGGAACCAGACCAUAUUGUGCCAGAUGUUGAUGCUGCUGUAGACCUGGUCUUCCAGCUGGAGAACUUUGCACCUAAUUGAGAUGACAGGAUUUUUUAAGGACCACUCAGUGCUGUGCUUUUCUUCCCAAAAGCACACUGUGCUUUACAAUAGUGCCACGAACUGCUGCCUUCUACAUUUUUUUAACUUCUAAAUUAAUGCAAUCUUCUAUUAACUAUGCUUAUUGGUAGUAUAUGUAGGAAUAUUAGCGUGUUUAAGUCUAUUAAACAUCAAUAAUGCUUUUUAUAGUUCUUCUAAAUAUGUAAUUUCUGUAUUUAGUUGCCCUUCAUUGUCUUCUCUUGGUAUUUCAACAGCAAUAUUUCAUAGUAGUCUAUCCAUGUACUGGUACUUAGAUCCCUCCAUGACAGUACCUCCUUUUGUCUGCUGGAAUAUUUAGAUUUUAGGUGUUGGGGAUCUUGAGGGURUCAAAUUGUGGUGCUGGGGUCACUCAGUCUGUUCCAAAUGGGCUGGUACAGAGCACAACAUGUGUUAGUGCUUGACAUUCUGCAAGUACUGAAUGCUCUCUUCAAUUAGAGUGCAGUUCAAUCUGUUCCCCUUUGGACUUGCUCUCAUAUAACCUGCUGCUGCCUUUCUUUGUGUUUGUUUUCCCUUGUCCCUGGAGUUUUAUUGCUCCUCUCUGCUGUGACGUGGGAAGUCUKAACAGAAAUGCCCCUGUGGGGUGGGCAAGGCUGAGUUGUUCCAGCCAUGCUGAGCACAGUCCUGGAAGGAAAGCAGCAGACCUUGGGUGCCUUCUGUGGCCUUUUGCUCUUUGCCUUUCUAGCUGCACCUUUUUUUUUUUCCUUUGAGGAAUUUAGAAUCUUAGAAAGCUUUAGCAAGCUUGUUUCAGGUGUUUCUGUGAGUUGGACUUUACCACUGAAUCAGUGACUACUGCUCGGCCAAAAAGUGCCUCCUAAUUUACUUGAAGCCUCAUACCACUGUGGUAAUUAACUGGCCUUUAGUGUAAUAUAUUUAAUCUCAUGUCAAUGUURUACGUUGCUUGGUUCAUGGAUUUUGUAACUGUUCAUUUUAGAAGAAAAAAAAAAGUAAUUUAUUUUUUGUUAUUUUUGUAAAAUACUUCUAAAUGUUUUCAUCCAAAASAUGUAUUUGAAAAUAUUUCUGUGGUAAUUUGUGAUAACACGGUAUAUGUUGUACUUGUGACACAAGCUUGGAAAAGUAACCCAAUUUAUUGUUUUAAAACCAAAGUCAACUUACACACAAAGAUCAAUUCACAUCAGGGGCUAGUCAGGUUUUUAGGGCUGGGUUUUGUUUAGGCUUUUUUUCCCAUUAGAAAUUGCACAAAGGAAAACCUGUGUGUUCAGUUUUGCCAGGUUCUUGCAGGGCUGGCAGCACACUGGCUGAAAGCACUGACAGCCAUGGUGGCACUGAGUGCAAUGACUUCCUGGCCAAAUCCUUCACUGCUCGCUAUCCCAACAGCAACAUCUGAAAGCUCACAGCUGCUAUGAAGUCAGAUUUUGUUGAUGUGUUUGCUCUGUUUGCAAAGCACUGUGAUCCCCCUCUGCACUGGCAGGGUUGUUGAUUCAUCUCUGGUAAUGUUUCCUAAGUAGCUUUCAGCAUGUCUCGCUGGAUCCAGUUUAAGGACACUGCUCUCAACAGUUUAUUUCCUGUUUCCUCACUGGAAAAGUAUUUACAGCAGCACAUUCUUGCCUUUUUAUUGGUACAAUAAACAGAUAUUUACCUAUUUCUUUAGCACUUUUCUGUAAUAUACCAAGUAUUUGCAAAGAAGGCCAAAUGUAAGUAAAGACUGUAAUUUUGUAUGGUCAGGAUGAUUUGAAGUCACGUUGUUUCAGUACUAAAGCAUGUUGCAGACCUCUCUAACUUUACCAGAAUCGGUGAAGCAAAGAAUAAAAAUGUUGGAAGUUGAUGAAGAACAGAAAAUGUGC